AUGGACACCUUACCACUCGAAACUCUGCAACAGAUAUUUGCGCUUGCAUGCACAGACGGAGGCUUCACCGGGUGCUCUCUGUCCCUCACCUCCAAAGCAGUGCGCGCAGCGGUGCGCACGAUCCGUUUCCACUCUGUCUCUCUCGUUGCCUACCCGGCACGCCUCGACUCCUUCGUCGGCCUAUAUGCACAGGAAUGCGACCCCACGCUGGGGGACAUCCCGAAGGUUCAGCACCUCCGCCUCGUUAUACCCCCUUCCCAAGGUCCAAGCCGAUUCAUCUGCGGCGGCGCCCAAGAUAUGUCUUCCAUGCCACACACCCACAGCGUCAAGACUGGUUCUCCAAACACUCUCAGCGUGACUCUACCAGAUGCACAUUUAUCCCCCCCAGUGGUAGUCAUCACACCUUCCCUUGCUUCUGGUUCUAGCUCUCCUACAUCCCCAUCCAGGCUCGCCAUACAUACGCCCUCCAGUCGAUCUGCAUCCUCAACCCGCACCUCGUCGCCAGUGGAGCCGGUGUCGUCUCUUCAGUUGGCGGAAGGUGGCAUGACGACAUCCUCUUACCAGGCGAUUACGCCUAACCACUACGCAGCCGCAGCUCCCUCCAAUCACGCGCCUGUCGAGCUAGAUUUGCCCCACCCAGACACGCCUCCACACGCUCCCGCCGUCGUCCGGCCCCCGUCGCCCAGCGACGAAUACCCGCAGAUCGUCUACACCCCGGAGUACAGAGAGGCGAUGCACACGCUCUCCCGGCUCGUCGCUCCACACCUGGAGACCCUCGUCAUCCAGCGCGGGUUCAAGUGCCAGGUCCGCCUACUCUCUCCCGCGCUUGCCUUCCUCGAUAUGCCCUUCCCCCGAGUGCGCGAGGUCGCGCUCCUCGGACUGUCCGACGUCGGCGAGCUCGUCGUGCCGCACGCAAACGUCGCGCCCCUCUUCCCGGCCGCGACGCGUCUGCACCUCGUCCGCAAGGGACUCGCAGGGCACGACUGCAUGGAUUUUUGGCGCGUGCACGCCCCGCACGCGAGCCAUCUCCGCGUAUCGUGCCUCCGCGCGCCGUUCGGCAAGUUCAUGCCCUCGCUCGCGAACAGCCUCGGGAUCGCGCACCUCCCCGACCUCCCACCACCGCGAAGGCGCGUCUAUCCUACCCUGCGUGCCAUCAUCCUGCACCAGGACCCGCCAACGGAGUUGGAGCAGCAGCGCGUUGCGGCCCUUCAGGCGUAUGCCUUGCUUUCGAACUCUUUUGCGCACUUCCAGAACGCGUGUCCGGAUCAAGGCGUGAAGAUCGCGGUGGCUCCGCCGUUCUACAUGCAUUUUGAGGACUGGGAUGCGAGGCUGCAUGAGGAGUGGUUGGAACGUAUGCUCGGUGGUCCGGGCUGUUGGAAGGAGCUCGAGCCAUGCAACGAGCAGUCAAACAUGGAAGCCACAUAGUCUGCUCGCGUCCCUUACCCUGCCUAUACACGUCGGGUUGUUCCCCUUGUAUCUGCUUGGUCUUGUGUUCAACAUAAUGUUGCGCUCAUGCUUUAUAUACCCUUAUCA